AUGUCUCUUAAUUCUUUUUCUUCCCCAUCCGCACCUGAACUCGAGGGAAACGACGGCAAGCCAUCAGUCAACCACAAGCUUCAAGUCAAGACCGAGAUCACACAACGCUAUCAAGAGACCUCCCAAGAACCAACGCCAAUCGAACAGGCAACAGCCAAAGCCAGAUACUCAAGCAGUAAUCAUGCUACCAAACACCCAGAACCCCAGCGCCCAGGUGGUUCGGGAAGUCCACGAGUUCGAUGCAAACUCCUCGGCCAAAGGGCCAGGCACACCACAUGCCUUUGCCAACCACUCCUCCUCCUCCUCCUGGAUUUUUUUUUCCCAGCCACCCCAACCACGACCAUAUCCUCCCCUUCUCUUAUCCCCUCCUCCUCCUCCGCCGCCGCGGCUACCACCCAGAAGCAGCAGCUUCAGCCCCUCGACGUAACCCAUUCAGUAAUUUCCAAUUUCGGCGUCAUCGGAACGGACGCGAUUUUCGUGGGGUACACAACUCCCACUGGAGCCACCGAAGGAGUCCUUUCGGUUCCGUCGCCGUCAUCAUCACCGUCGCCGUCAGUCUCCAAGCCGCCAACAAGGCCUGGACCUGACUCUGAACCUGAAGGGGAGUCGAAGUCAGGGGCACCACCAAUAGGAAAAACAACGGCGCAGGUGACAGCAGGCCAAAACACAGUCACGGCUAUUUUGAUUACAUGUACAUCACGGGCGCGUAAUGCCGACUUUACACCACGUGAGAAACAAGACGAAGACAAAGAGGUCGAAGAGGCUGCAAAGAAGAGAAAAAUUAGGAAGCAGACUGCUGCGUCAUAUUCUGUCUGUGCAAAAUGGUUGAGAGAGCAGAUGGAAGACUUGGGGCGAGCAAAGGCAAGAAGGGAAGGAAGAGAAGAGAAUAGGUAG